GUCUUAACGGAAAAUAUCUGUAGUUAAACUGAAAAGUUUUGACUGUUGCGUGAAUUUGAGAUCGGGAAAAGUUUGAAAAGAUUUGCAAUGAAAUCAGCGCUAGGUGCUAAGUUGAUUCUCUUCCUCUUCAGUUUUCUGCUGCUACCGAGUAUAGUUUCUACAGCCUCCUCAAUGCAGUGGUCGGUAAAACAGGAACUGGGGGCUUUGCGUGACCUGUACCACUACAAGGCGGGCAACCUGUAUAUAUCGAGGGAGUGCUAUGUAUGCUUCCAAAACAGCUGUCUGCAGAUGUCCCUGUCCAGUGAGCCCACCUGCAUCAUGAACAUCGUCACCACCACUAGUCAGAACUACAUCAACUUCCAGCCCUGUCCUACGACGUGCAAGUUCGUGCGGGACUACUUCCGGUUCUCUCUGAGGGAGAGACAGCACUUCUCCUUGGAGCUGAACAAGUGGGCGGAGUAUGAGAACAACAUCGUGGAGCUGAAGAGACCCACCACCGAGGAGCAGGACACGGUCUGGUGA